AUGAAGUCAUUGUCCAUUCUGCUCAACAUUGCCGCCCUUGCCGGCGCGGCCAACGCCUUUUGGGGCCAAAUGGCAGCCGAACCCAAAUACCAAGACGAAGGCGGCACCUAUCAAUGGGUACACCUAACCGAUUACAACACCGGCUCCAAAUACUCGACUCAGUUGCCCGGUGGUUUUGAUGGAUGCGCCGCACCAUUCGCAUGCUAUCCCGUAUUUAGAGAAGACUCUGGUGGAAGCUACAACUUUCACUCUAGGGUUUGGAGGGCUGCUGAUGGCUGCCAUCACAUUGAUUUCCAGGGGGGUCUUGAUGCUCAUGAAGGAUGGUGUUGUGGAUCACUCCCCUGUGACUUUUCGGCUUAG